AAAAAAAGUUAACACACUUUCAGUGUUUACGUUAAGAAAAAGAAACAGGUAGAAAAAAUAAACAUUAAGACAGACUACAAGCGGAGAGCUACAACAAAGAGAGGCUAAAACUCUGGGGUUAAAAUAAAAUGAAAAUUGAGUUAACAGGCAAAACAAUGUUUGUUUCUUUUUGGCUUAUUGAAAUUAUACAAAGGUGUAAAAAAAUAAAAAAAACAACAGUAUAUCGGUCAUUUAAAUAAUGAGAAUUUUAAAAAUAAAACCUUUGUCUCUCGGAGAGUUUAAACUCAGCUUAGUCACAGUUAACCCAUAACGAGCACAACUAAAAAACAUUAAUAUAUUUCUCAUGCUGUAUUUUAGUAAAGUUUUUACAAAUAAACCUUAAAAAUUCUUGAAAAUAUUUUCAUUAUUCUUGAUUUUGAGUAAUUAUUUCAUAACGGCUCUUAAAUGGUUAAUAAUGUUUGUUAACUAUGCUAGUCUUUCCAAGCGUAUUGGAGAAGAGUAAAAAAUCAUUCUGAACUGGUAGGUUUGAAAGUAAAAAUGUAUUAUUUUAUUACUGCUGUUGCUUCUACAAUUGCUGGUUCUUUGGUGAUCGCUUUUAUGGUGGUUUCAUAGAAAUAAUUAAACAAAAAAAUAAUAAAAAAAAACAAAUUGAAGACUACAUGUACAAAACCCCAUUGUGCUGUACUAAAAAACAACAUGAAAAGAAGAGGAAAAUUAAUAGAAAUUUCAAUUAAACACAACAUUUCAAAUUGAUUUACUAAAAAAAACAAAAAAAAAAAAAAACGACAACAGAAUACAGGAAAAUAUAACUAAAGAACUACAACAGUAUUACAAUAAUACAAGAGUAAAAUACACAAGUAUGGCGCAACCACGGUUUCAAGAAUGUUUUAAAAAAAUUAAAAACUACACAAAGCCAACAGUACCUGGCCACCGCCCUAAUUUUGGAAUACUAGCAGCAUGUUUCCUAAUCUUAAUGCUGCAAAGGAAUAUGGCAGUCACUUAUGGCCAACAGAUUUCGGGUAAUAAAUUUUCCCCAUAUUAUUAUGUGGGUUGUUUUUCGGCACGUUCUGAAGUUCUUACCGAAUCGGUGUUUGCCAAAAUGCCUCAAACAUGUGUGGAAAUUUGUGAAUUAAAGAAUAAUACUUAUGCCAUUAUGACAUCUGAAAAGUGUUUUUGUACCAGUGACAUAGUGGCCGAAGAUAGACAGGAUGAUAAAUUGUGUAAUACACCCUGUGUGGCCAUAAAAUCGGAAUAUUGUGGUGGGGUAGGAGUGCACAGUUAUUAUACCUACAAUACAGAUGCUUCACCAAAAGAUUUGAAACUACUAAAUGCCACAGAAAACAGUUUGAGUAUUAAUUGGAGGCCAUAUGAGGCCCAGAAAAUGUUCAUAGCGGGAUCUGAGGCACCACCCAUAUUAAGAAUAACCAAUUAUCUGAUACAAAUACAACGUUUACAUACCUACUCUUCACAAGCCUUUUUCGCUCAGCCUGAAUAUGUGGUGCAAGGCACAGAAAACAAAUUGGAAAUUACCGAUCUAUUGCCGGCCACUGAGUACAAUGUAACAGUGCGCGCUAUUUGUGAGGGUUUGCUGGGAGAAUCUGAAAAUUGCGGUUCCUCUUCCAUAGUGGGUACCACAUUAGUGGCAGAGCCCAGUCCCCAUCCAGCUCCACCAAAAAUCCUGCAAACAACAGACACCACUAUGACCAUACAAAUUAAACCCGUAAGAAAUGACAAUGGUCCUGUCACAAAAGUUUUAGUUAUAGUGGAGAGAGUAGACGAUUCGCUGUCACAAACCUUUGAUACCAGUUUGUUGGCCAGCUGGAAAAAGGCUGACGAAGAUGGUUUACCUUAUUAUAUUGCAGCUGAAUUGGAUUAUGAUCGUCCAGGAGAUAAUAAGACCAGGAAAUUUGUAGUGGGAGAUGGUAAACGUUAUGGUCGUUAUACCAAUCCGCCAUUGAAUAAUAAGAAUGCAGAUUUUCAUGUCAGUUUGGGUGUGAUCAGCACAUUAAACGGUUUAACCAAAACAUUAUACACCCGCAGUAGUCAUGAUCAGCAUACCACAUCCAUGGAUAACUUUACCUAUGCCACCUUUGAGGCCGGACAAAGUUCGGUGGUGGCAUUAAUUGUAACCUGUUCCAUCUUUGGCAUAUGUUUCAUACUCUCCGUCAUCACAUAUUUCUAUUUACGCUACAAACAAUAUCAAAUACGUUCGGGUCGGGGAAAUUCUCAUGAAAUGACCAUGCAACAGCCCAUAAUUGAAAGAGAAAAUAAUGGUUUUAUUGUGGAGGAUGAAAUGCCACCGACAGUGGAAAAUUUUAAAGAACAAUUAAAUGCUUUAGUGGAUAGAUUAGAUGUGAAUAAGAAAAUACCACGUAAUAAUUUGCGUAUGAAUGUCAAUGAUGUCAUAGCCGAGGGUAACUAUGGUGAAGUUAUAACGGGUAAACUAUUAAAUAACACUUUGCCCGAAUCAAGUGCGGAAUGUCAAUUGCAUGUGUUGUCCCUGGAUGAGCUGACGAGUACCGAUCAGGGUAAAUUGCUGCAGGAGUUUCGUAAUUUAACCAAAUUGCAACAACAUUCAAAUGUUUUGGAUUUCUAUGGGGUGUCAUCCAGCACCGAUUGGUUUUAUCUGGUGUUUGAGCAUGAAAAUGUUAGCUUAAAACGUAGACUAAUAGAGAGCAGAAGAGCGCCUAGUUCAGCCCUCAUGCAACGCAUUACUGCCUUGUCGGAACAAUUGAUACUACAGUGGAUCUAUGAGAUUGCCAGUGCCAUGGAUUAUUUAGCUAAAUCUAAAGUUAUACACAAACACUUGUCAUCACACUGUAUAUAUGUUACGGCUGAAAUGAAAUUGAAAGUAUCCGUGUUUGGCCCGACACCUUAUGUGAAUAAUCAGAAAAAGAUUGAUCUCACCAGAUGGUUGGCACCGGAGGUCUUAAGAUAUCAACAUUAUUCCUCAAAAUCUGAUGUUUGGUCUUUUGCUGUGGUGGCCUGGGAAUGCAGUUCAUUGGGAGCCACUCCCUAUGCCCAAAUAAAUAGCUCAAACAAAGUUCUAGAUGCUCUUAAGAGCGGUUCGAGACCAGCGCAGCCUGCUUUUGUUUAUGAAGAUCUCUAUCAAAUGCUAUUGAACUGCUGGACUUUGGAGCCGAGUGAACGUAUUAAUUUUGAAGAUAUUGCCUAUAAUGUUCGUCAGCUAAUGACUUCACCGCGUCAUGCAUUGAAUUUCGAUUCACCCAAAGAACAAGCAGCUAAUGAUGUACUCAAUUCAUUGCCCUUCUAUUUGCCCAUGUUGGAAAUGGAGAAUUAGGAAUGAGUGAGGUGGGAGGUAGGAGGAGGAGAGAAUAUAAAUCGAAGAUUAGAAACAUGAGGUUUCCCUUCAUAAGCUUUAAACCACAAAAAUAUAAUUAUUUAAAAACAAGAUAAAUACAUAUAUUAUAUUUAUAGUUUAGAUGUAGAUUUAAUAAAAAUGUAAUUUAUGUAAAUAAAAAGUUAUUCAAAAACAAAAAUUAACAAACAAA